UUUUUUUUGAAAGAGUCCCCAAUCUUUUUUUCCCUUUUUCCUUUUUCUCCUUUUUUUUUCUUUUCUUUUUUAUUAGACUUACAAAGAAUAGAAUAGAUAUAUAGAUAUGGCUACUGCAACUGCUUCACAAUCUGCUCUUCAAAGGUUCAUCAACUCUCCUGCUGGUCCAAAAACCAUUCAUUUUUGGGCUCCUGCUAUGAAAUGGGCUCUUGUCAUUGCUGGUAUUGGUGAUCUCGCUCGUCCUGCUGAAAACUUGAGUUUAGCACAAAAUACAUCUUUGGUUGCAACUGGACUUAUUUGGACUCGUUAUUCUACUGUUAUUAUCCCAAAGAAUUGGCCAUUGUUUGCUGUCAAUUUAUUUGUAGCAGGUACUGGUUUGAUGCAAGUGGGUCGUAUCAUGAAUUACCGUAUGUCUGACGAAUACAAGCAAAAGCAACAACAAGAAGCUGCUGUUUCUUCUGCUUAAUUGUAUGACUAUAGAUGACGACUAGCUCUCUCUCUUUUUCUUUUUUUUGUUUUUGUUUUAUCGUUAUAUGUGAUCAUCAUACACACCUUUGUUAUGUAGUUUAUUCUAUUCCCCCUCCCAAAUCUAAAUAAAGACAUUUUUAUUUGAAUUCAUUUUA